GUCAUACAAUGUUUUUUUUUUAAUGAUUCCAAAAUCUUUACGAAAACAGUGCUUUCAGCUUUGUUAUGCUUGGAACAGAGAUUACUGAUAAGCUAUUAUUUUAUAGUGCGUAAGAAAUAUGGCAGAUUUUGAUGCAAUAUACCUCGAUGAGGCUGAUGCUGAAGAAAAUAUAGAGGAAACACAUGUGACAUUGGUGCCCGAUCCUAUUAUUGUUCGAGGAGCUGGAAACAUGACAGUUUUUGGAUUAAGCAACCGGUUCAGCAGUGAUUUCCCGUCGGGGCUACAAUCUCGUAUUGCACCUGAAGAAUAUCAAGCGACAAUAGCUAGAAUCAACAGUGUGCUUAAGAAAACAUUGCCUGUUAAUGUAAAGUGGCUCUUCUGCGGUUGUGUGUGCUGCUGCUGCACACUAGGGUGCUCUCUAUGGCCAGUUAUAUGUCUCAGUAAAAGGACACAACACUCACUCAACAAACUUUUAGAAUGGGAAAAUAGCAGACUCUACAACAAGCUAGGAUUACGCUGGCGUCUUACGAAGCAACACUGCGACUCGUCCUCUAUGAUGGAGUAUGUGCUACUCAUAGAGUUCAUACCGAAAAUACCGAUCUACAGACCCGAUUAGAAGCGGCAACGUGGUACUUAUUGUAAGAGAUAUUUUGCUAACACAAACAGUACUAAGAUCAAUGUUGGGCCACUUUUUUUUUCAGAGCGAUACAACACAAUUUAAUAGAAUUUCCCGAAUUUAGUUUUGUCACGAAAAUACUCCUUGUGUUUAAGCCCAACAAAAAACCUGUCAAGUCACCUUAAUGGCAUACCCUAAUGGUCUACUUAUAACUGUCUUAUUAAUAAACGCGGCGUAAAGUUACACCAAGAUUAAAAUUACUUCUCCCUGUCAUUAAAUUCUGUUGUGACAAAAGAAAGACAAACGGACCUACAAAUAAACUUGGUAUAAAGUUAUAACUGAUGAUAAACAAAGAAAAUGCAAAAUGUUUACAUUUUCGUUGACAACACUGUCACAAUACAAUGAUAAUUCUGAAGUUUUCCUAAUGAAUAGAUGUUCUAAACGCGGGAAACGUUAUACGUCCGAACAAACCAUCCGUAAGCAAAAUGUCUAUUUGUAAACAUUUUACAUAUUCUUGGUUUAUGCUUAGUUAUAACUUUAUGCCAAUUUUAUUUGUAAGGCCGAUAAAGUUUUAAAUUUGGAAUAACUUUACGUCGCGUUAAUUGAUAACACGGUAAGCGUAUAUGUGUAUUGUGUAUGUGUUUUAGGGGGAAAAGAUACAAUAAAAGUGAAUGGAGAAUGAUUGGUUCGCUUAACUUUAGCCAUAGUACUAUACACUUAAGUGAUUAAUGCUUCAUCAUUUAUUAUAAAAUCAAUGAAAUAAGGUAUAUUUCCUGUUCCAGCGUUAUUUUUGCUAAAGAAAUCACAAAUUAAGUAUAUAUUUUACCAAUACUGCAAUAUAACUAAUGUAAGAUUGUAAGUAUAAGUGUAUCGAAAGCUUAAAAUGCUUUUUGUGUAUAGAGAUCUUCUUAAUAAGCAUCAAUUCGUUUAAUGUUAACAUGAAUGAGUAAUUUUUUGUAUGGUUUCUUAGAAACAAUGUUGGUAUUUGCUUUAGUACGUAGGUAUGCGGUGCAAUAGAUUUUCGGUCAAUGAACUUUGCUUCUUAGUUAGCCGUGUGUGAGGGAGACGAAAACAUAAUUGUACGUGUGUGACAGAGAUAGGUUCUACUUAGGUCACUGUCCUAAAUUAUUUCUGCUCCUAUCCGUACUAUUAUUGACCAUUGCUGUACAUAGCACUGAAUGAAGUUAAAUCGAUAACUUCGGUUUGUCAACAAAUCAGUUAGGUUUGUCAAAAAAAAUAUAGUUUCAACCUAAGAUUAAGGACUGGUCUCCGAUGCGCUCCAACUGGAUACCGCAUACAUAGUCGCAAAGUGCGGCAAGUAAACUAUCUACGCCCAAGUGGGCGUACUCGAGCCAGUCUCGAACAAUAUGUAACGUUGACGUGCCACAUGUUCUGUUAAACUUUGCUAUUAAUUGAAACUAAAAUGCCGUUUUACGUAGUAAAACUUUGUAAAAAUAAUACUACAAGAAAUAAGAAAGACACUGGGAUUACAUAUAUUCAGUAAGUAUUUUGUUUAUUUCAUUAAUUUCAAUGUAAAAUAAAUAUAUACACGAACCGUAUGUUACAAAAUUCGAAUGAUGCCAUUGAGCGUCAAGGUGCCACGCACACAAGCAUCUAAUAGUUGCCGUAAUAAAAAAGUUAUUGUUCUUAGGUAGUGCGGUAUCUAGUUGGAGCGCAGCGGAGACGAAUCCUUAAUCUAAGGUUUACUCUUAAUUACGAUAUACUUACUACAUGACGUAAAAGUCAUUUAUUACUAUACAUUACUAAUCUACCAUUAGGUACCUAUAAUUUUUAAGCUACCAUUUUGUAAGCAGAAUUCCUAUUUUCCCUGAGUUCAUUUGUAGCUAAUAUUAUAUUUUUGAAAGAAUAAUGGCAGACCCCAUAGAUAGACCAGUCAGUCUGUUGAAACUUUUCUGCUCAUGAAAACUAUAACGAUUAAUAUUUCCAUGACAUAUCUCUAUUACGAAUAAGAUAUUAUAUUUCAUGACUAUGUUUUAUUAUAGUCUAGCUAACGAAAGCUGAAUCUAGCAAAUUAAAAAAAAAACUUCAUAUAAAAAAAUGAAUAAUUUUGAUACUUUUCCUAUUAUUCUUAACCUGUUAUUAUGUACACUGUACAUGUUAUAAUUCUUGUACACAACACAAUAUUGAGACACGAGUUCUUUGCAGUAAAAUGUAUUAUUUAAAAUUGAUACUUCAACGUACAAAUAUUAUCAGUACCUAGAGUAUUGAAGGGAUAACAGAUACCUACACUGCAAGAACAUUAUUUUAUGACUACCGCUAGGCAGCUAAGGUGAAUUUAAUAGAACAUGGUCCGUGAUAGAACUAUCAUCCUGCACACUUAUGAUGAAUUGUUCUAGCUCUUCUAUUAUGCCAUCCCUCGUUUAUUACUGAGCUUAAAUCGUAAUAUGCGUCAUCAUAGUCCUCAAAAUCUUCUGGUGUUAUACUUUCGAAAGCAUCUUUUAUGACUGUCUCCAUAUGAGCUGCUGAAGUCUCAAUAGUUCAUUGCCAUGCUCCUUUAAGAUUUCGUCUGCUACAUAAACAGUUUCUGGUUUGAAUUUUUGCACCAAGAUUAGAAAGUUCUGCAUUAGAUUUACAGUCUUCAACAUAACGAAGCCAUUCUUGUAUAUCAACUUAACCACGGUGGUUUUGGGUGCUAUGUUAAUUUGCACUGGAUGGUAACUCGCAUUUUCCAUGACAACAACACUUGGUUAUGUCAAGCCGUCACAGCUGUCAUAGUCUAUCUAGAUGUAUAAAUGAUCCAAUAUUUAUUUUGUAAAUACUAUUCUGCCAUUGUUCUUUUUAAUCGUUUUAUUUGCAUGUAUAAACUAAUGCAUGAUUUUAAUUUCUUCAGUAUCUAGGAAUUAAAUAGAGUUUACAAAUAAGUGCCUGCCCCCUACUAUAUCAACAGUUUAGUGUUGUCCUUCUAUACACAACUAAUGCUAAAAUGCAAAACAUUUUAUUUACUUAAAUUAGUAUAACUAACUGUAGAUCACAGUGCAAGCUAAGCUGACAAAAAUUUAGCUAAACCAUAAACGAAUAUUGAUCACGCGUCACUUGUCGCUUCCAAGGCUAAUUUGACAGGUAAAACCUCAUAAUAGAAUAAAAGUCUAAAAAAUCUGUCAUCGGCAGAAUCUGACAAACCAAAAAAGUGUUUUAAGUAGUAUUAGUUUUUGCAAACACUAUUCGGCUUUAUUAUUAAUGAUUAUUAAAAAUUUAGUUAAUGAUUAUCAUAUUGACUCUCUAAAUAUCGAGACGGAUAAAUACUACUAGACUACACACAAAUAAGAUAAGUAUUUACAUUUGGUAAAAAUGUAUCGAUCGAAUUAUUUAUUCGUUGUAAUCAAAAAUUAUUGAAAUGGCGGCAACUGUCAAACUUGACAGCGACAAUAGCAACAGAGGUCGUUCGGAUACUCUUGAUGCGUAGUAGAAGAGCAUCUAUAUUUUAAUCAGGUAUAAUACAAAAAAUAUUUUUUUUUCAAUCUUAGCACCGAUCAUUACCAUUAAAAUUAUAAAACUUGUUGGUCUACUUAAUCGUGACAUUGGCUAAAUUGUGGUGUAUCUUCCACAGAAGUCACAGUAGAAAGAAUAGAAUAGAAUUGCUUGGUAAAUUCAAAGUUUGAAACUAAAUUUAUAAAAAUCAGGUAAAAUACUGUUUAUAACUUACCUUGCAGUGUGUUCUACGCUUAGGCCUAAUAAUGCCUAUAUAAAUUGACAAUAAAUAUUUUAAGUUUUUUUAAAACCAUAUCGCAACAUUUACUAAAUCAUUGCUUACAAUAUUUGCUUCAUUGAAACAUGAUUGAAGCAUUUUGUAUGAAUGAAAUUAUUAGUACUUAAAUGCUCUAUUUUCUCAAACACUAUUAAUAUCUAAACGAUAUUGCUAUUAAAUAUAAAUUUUUCAGGAUUUUUUUUUAAAUUUCGUCUCAUGCGUUUUCAAUGCAACAUUCGAGCCCAUCUUUCAUCGAUACAGUUAAAAAAAUUGUUUAUUUGUGAUAUGAAUUUGAAGAAGUAAUUUUACAUAUAAAUAUUUAUAUUUACACCAAAAAGCCGGGCGCUAUUUUUAUGCCACUAUUUACAAAAUGCUUUAAAUAAUGAAACCAUCCAAGAUUUUUCGGAAUCUCAAUCCCACGCGUUCUUGCCAUUUAAAUUUAAUUGACCGUGCAAUGCCCUAAAAGGUUGCUAUAUAGUAGAAAGUAUUUAGUCAACCCUUAGUUUUGCAAGCAUGUGCAUAUGGAAACUGAUUCUUAGUAUUAUCAGCAUAAUACUGGCAACACCGCUAUUAAUCCUAAACUAUAACCCGAAUUUCACGAACAAAUAUCGAAAGUACCUGAAUAAUAUUGAAUGCAGAUCAUAGAAAUUGCAUCAAUUCGCGUAGGGAAUUUGGAGCGACUGUGUUAUUAGAAGUAAUAAUUGUUUUAGUAGGUACUCUUCGUUAGACGAGUAUGUUCGCUCUUCUCUUUUCAACUAGUUGUGACUAUAACGUCAAAAUGAGAACAGCAUCCAUAUUAAGAUUAAUACAAGAACUGGUUAGAAUUUUAUGGGCAUGAUGACAGUUUAAAGAAUAAGUAAUAUUGACAUAUCUAGUAAGAUAUCAUUUAUAUCUGAGGCGUGACGUCAUAAGAGGCCACCAUGACACCUAAGAGCGUUUUCGCGCGCCAAACCAAAGUAGAUUCUUAAAAAUACAUUAAUUUAUGUUACAGAUUAUUUAUUGCCUAAACUAGUACAGUUGUACCGACUUAAAAGUUUUUAAAUCCGGUGUCUGUCGUCAUGCCUAUUGCUGCUCAGAAAAAAUUUGGGGGCUUCAUUCUGACGGUAAUUAAAUACAAAGACGAAGAAAUUGUUUAAAUUGUCAACCAAUCGUUUUAGAGGUAACCUACACGGUACCCAGGAAUUAUGUGACAAAUUAGAUGAAUUUUACGCCCCUAACAAAAAGAUAAUGAAAUAUUUUUGCUAUAAACAUUAAAAUAAUGCAGAUAAGUCAACCAUCAGCCUGAAGAUCGCUUAAUAAGCGAUCAAUGCCGAACAUUCGCUGUCCACGUAGCCAUUAUUCACCAGUUACUAAAAAACAGACGCGUAUAGACCAUUCAUCGCUUUCGAGAAGAAUGUAAAAAAGUAUCGAUAAGUGUUGUAUGACACGAUUCUAUAAGUUAUGGCAGCGAUUGUUUGACAUUGAUUUGCGUAUGAUUAAUGUCAAUCCUGGCUAGAUAAUAAUGGUCUCUUAUCUCUAAUGGUGACCUGCCCAUAGAAAUCUAAAUAAGAAAGUACUAGAAGUGACAGCUGUGUUAAACAAGUUGCCUAACAGGUGAGCUAUAGAACGGAAACUCUUCCACAACCUGUGAAUAUUCCAAUAAAAAUGUUCCAAGUUAUUUUUUAAUCGGUUAGCAAUUUUUUUAAUGAAAAUCAUUAACGUACAAUAAACAACUAGACUCCCCAAUCGCCUAUAAAAAGGUCGUCAAAAUAUGUCCAAGCGGUGAUAUACAGAUAAACAGAUGACAUUAAAACAUUAAUUUGUAUGAAUUAUUAUUUUGUAAUAACACCUUAUUUCGUGGCAGGAAUGUUCAAAGUUUAUUGUAUACGCUCAUUAGAAGUAAUAGAACUACUUAACGCGCGAGACGGCCGCGAACACGAGGCGAGAACAUUUUGUUUUAGCAAUUGAAUUGUAAUUAUUUAGCAAAUCGAUUAAAAACGUCAAGUUAGUUAACAAUUUUAAUGUACCUCAAUGAUUUAAGUGCCGUUUGUAAAUGGCAAUCUUUCUUCACUAUGAUAUUCCUUAUUUUUUCGUACUACCGCCAUUUCCUACAUUGCUGCAUAAGUCCCUCAAUAUCCGGAGCGUUGCAAGCAACGUAAUGUGUGUAUAAUAUAUAGGCGACACCCCCCCAAGGAUUUAGCACUUAUAUCAUUUCUAUCACCUUCUUAUUUACAUUUCUAUGAUCUGUCCUCUUAGUGCCGCCGCAUUAAUAUGUACAACGGUUGAAAAGUGAACAGGGUAAUAAUGUUGAUGUGAAGUUUAAGUUUAAGAAAGUAAAUGUAAAUAUUUUAAGUACCUAUAUUAUGUAAAAUAGAUUAUAUUUGUUCAAAUAUAAAAUCUCACGAUGUGAAAAUACAA